AUGGAAAGCGUCCCUUGCCCACUAGACUUUGGAUUGGAAGGAGAAGGAGUCCUUGUUUUCCCACCCCGAAAUGAAUCAGGUGCAAUUUCAACGUGCUCCGCUGCAGAGACAUUCAGCAGUAGCUGUUUCAUGUACGCGGCACAGACCAUUAUCUUGCUGUACAUGGCGGCAGAUGAAGUGCCAAGUCUGCCGUGCAGCCCCGGUGAUUCCCUUCCGGCCGUCUUCAGCGGCAUCGCGGCCGUGAUUGUCCUGAUCUUUCUGCUCUCCUCCGUGAAUGCCGACCUGAACCAGCAGUCCCUCAACCUCCUGACCGUCGCCGCAGUGGGCAGUCAGAUGGUGAUGGCCGUCCAGGCGCUGGGCUCCAUCCGCCAGCUGUCGAUCAACUGGGUGGAGCCGGUGCGCUACAUCAUCGACAUGACGAGGCUGCUUACCUUCGAUUUCGACAUCAUUCGCAUCUCCUGCGUCACGGGUCAGGAUAGCCAGGCGAGGUCGGGUGAACAGGACUGGCAUGCCGAAUGGGAAGAGGCCAAGACAGCACAUGAUCAAGCCCGCGGAGAGUUGGGGGAAGCACUCAAGAUGGAAAGCAGCAAUGAUCAGUAUGUCCAGCAUUUGCGCGACACGGUGGCCAAUGCAAAGGAGCGUGAACAGUUCGCUCAGAACAUGCUCCUGAAGUCCCAGACCCAGCCAUCGGAGGACAGUAUGAUACAGAAGUUGGAGAGCCUGCGACUGGACUUGGGCGAGGUCAAGCGCGAGGUCAAGCAGGACUUGGGCGAGGUCAAGCGCGAGGUCAAGCAGGACUUGGGCGAGGUCAAGCUGGAAGUGGGCGAGGUCAAGCUGGAAGUGGGCGAGGUGAAGCGGAUCCAGGAGGUUCAGGGAGAUGUUUUGCCCAGGAUGGCAAAGCAACUAUACGGCUUCCGUGCUGCUACCCACUCCACCUUCGAUCGCGAGUUUGAAAGCAAGUGCCAAGCAUAUUAUAAGACGACUUCAUGCAUGAUUUUGGGUCAAAUUUUUCCAGAGUGUCUUCAAGACUGGGGUGAGGAUUAUUACUUUGGUUCCGAUUAUUUCCUGCCCGUGGGUGAGCACAUCUACAAGAAGAGCAUGGAGACGGAAGGAAAAGACUUGGGCAUCGUGACCAGACAUCCUCGGAAUGGACUGUUGCUGGUAAAAGCUUUGGAGUCACAGUUCCAGGAUGGUCACAUGGUGCUGAUUCCAGUGGAGGCAGCAGGCGAGCAGUUGUGCAGCGACGCCGGCACUCUUUCUGAUGUAUCAGAACCCGAGACGCAAGUCACACUACAAAUCCACGUUGCCGCAUUUCUGCAUGAUGAACCUGUCAUGUGGUCGGACAAGAAGCAGAAAUUGAUCGAGCCGGUUCCUUUUGAAAGACCCAUCGUUCAGGAGCCGAAGAGGAAGGGCAAGAACACAAACAAGAGCAAGAGCAAGAAGAAAGUCUUGCAGACGCAGCCUAUUAGGUUUCGUGACUUGCAUCGGCAAAACAUCGUCAUUCGCAAACCUUUCAUGGCAAGCCUUUACAUGCAAUUAGAGUUUGCUCACGAGACUCAUAGUGAACUCCCUGAUCCGAAAGAUGCCAAUGUUCGUGACAAGUUCUUUGGCAUAUGCCAAGAUCGCAUGAAAACCCUCAUGCAGCGCUUGUGUCGUGAAGUGGAGCCGAAGCGAGUUCUUCCAGAGGAGGCUGCCUUCGCAGGCGACACGUAG